CUCCACCGUUCAUCUCCUCCAUCUCUACACUCUCUCUGCAUCCUUGCUUCCUUCCACAGCCACCGAUAGAGAUAUCUCAGCUAACUCUCUCUCUCUCUCUCUCUCUAUCUGCUUGCUUACUGUCGUUUGAUUGCCUCUUGAAGAAGAGAAAUCCAAGCAGAUCUACUCCUCAGCACUCCCAGAUCUCAGCAAUUCUCCGUCCCCCAGAAAAAUGGAGGCCAAAGGGUGGGUUUUGGCAAUGGCGGUGGUAAUGGCGGUUGCGGCUGUCGCGAAUGCCGAUUCGUCGACGCCGAGGCUGGUAAAGACCGUGAAGGGGAAGAAGGUUUGUACCAAGGGUUGGGAGUGCGCAGUUUGGUCCAAGUUCUGUUGUAAUGAGACUAUCACGGACUUCUUCCAGACCUACCAGUUCGAGAACCUAUUCCCCAAGAGGAACUCUCCGGUGGCCCACGCCGUGGGAUUCUGGGACUACAGGUCUUUCAUCCUUGCCGCCGCCCAAUACGAGCCACUCGGCUUCGGCACCACCGGCGGAAAGAUGAUGGGCAUGAAGGAAAUCGCCGCCUUCCUUGGUCAUGUUGGCAGCAAGACCUCUUGUGGUUAUGGAGUGGCUACAGGAGGACCACUGGCUUGGGGCCUUUGCUUCAAUAAAGAAAUGAGUCCUAGCCAAUCAUACUGUGAUGAUUAUUACAAAUACAUCUAUCCCUGUGCUCCUGGCACUGAAUACUAUGGUCGCGGUGCUUUGCCUAUUUACUGGAACUACAACUAUGGAGCUGCUGGAGAAGGCGUCAAGGCUGACCUGUUGAACCAUCCAGAAUACGUUGAGCAGAAUGCCACCAUUGCUUUCCAAGCUGCAAUUUGGAGGUGGAUGACACCAGUCAAGAAGUCACAGCCCUCAGCUCAUGAUGCUUUUGUUGGCAACUGGAAGCCCACCAAGAAUGACACCUUGGCCAAACGCAGUCCUGGUUUUGGCACCACCAUGAACAUCCUUUACGGAGACCUUGUUUGUGGCCAGGGCGAUGUCGAUUCCAUGAACAACAUCAUCUCUCAUUACCUGUAUUACCUUGACUUGUUGGGAGUUGGCCGAGAGGAGGCAGGUCCACAUGAAAUUCUGUCCUGUGCAGAACAGAAGGCUUUUAACCCAUCCCCGAAGACUGCUGCUUCUUGAUCUCUCUCUCUCUCUCUCUCUCUCUCUCCCCAAACAAGAACCGCAAUAAGAAGGCAUGUGAGAUGUUGCCAUGAAAUCAUCGUUGCUUUAGUCGUGUGAAACUCCCUCUUUGAGAGCUAUAAAAAUUGUGUAUUAACUGUGCAGCCCCGUGUCGGUUAUAGUGUCAUUUUGUUCGUUUACUCAUUGUAUUGCAUAGUUUGAAAUCAUGCCAAAACUGUAUGAACCUUUAUAUUUAUACAUGUGUUUUGUUUGUUUAUAACUGAAAAACCAGUUGUGCUA